GUAUCCAGCCUUGUCAGGCCUCAUGCUCUUCCUUUUCCACGAUAUAUAUCUGCUUCAAGUGCCAGGAGUCCAUCAUGGCUCUCAAGUACAGCAUAUCCAUCAGCGAGCAAGUGAAGAAGACUCGAAACAGAACUUGCACGCCAGUCAAGAAGCAUUAUCAUCCCUCAAUACUACCAGCAAACCACACCCAUCGCUGAGACUCUAGUCACGCAAGCAACACACUUUGGUAAAGACGACCAGCUUACCACCUCAAUACCCAGAAAUGCUUCCUCAGAUAUUCGUGAUCGGCGCCACCGGCAGAACAGGCCAAUUAGUCGUCGACGAAGCCCUGAAAAGAGGCCACCCCGUCACGGCCCUUGUUCGCAAACCCACCAGCACCCUCCCGCAGCAUGACAACCUCACCAUCACAACAGGAGACCCAUGCAGAGCAUUAGACGUGGAGACAGCACUACGAAGCUUGAAGCCAUCCAACCCAGUCGUGAUCAUCAGCACUUUAGGCCAAACCCGGACAUCGGGCAACCCCUGGGCAGCAGCCACAUCACCACCCCGCUUCAUGGACGCAUCAGCCAGGGCAGUGUUGGCGGCGUGUCAAGCAGUCCGAGACUCCGUCACCGUACAGAAGAUAGUGCUCAUGUCUCUAUUCGGCGCGGGCGAUUCAUUCGCACAGCUCAAUUUCCUCAUGCGGUUUAUCAUGCGGCAUUCAAACAUGGCUCAGACGCUAGAGGACCAAAACCUCGUGGAUCAGACGAUCAGGAAGAACGGGAAUGUGCCGUUCGUCCUGGUCAGGCCUGCCAUGUUGACGAAUGGGGAGGUUGCGCCGGUCAAAGUGCAUGGGACCCAGGGGAAGGGUGCCGGCUUCAUGCCCAGCGUUAGUGCGAGCAGCGUUGCCAGGUUCAUGCUCGAUGCUACUGCGACCAAGGACUUUGAUAAUAAGGCGGUCGUUGUGUCGAAUUGAUUUUGGACGUCGGGUGGUGGACUCGAGCGCAUUUCUCUCCAUUGGUAUGAUAUGAUAAACAUGCGAAUCAACAUCAAACCAUUUUUGGAGGAGUGCGGGUUGAGAUAUCGACAGAUAUGGUUAGAUUAUACGAGCAUUGCAUCUUGUAGACAUGAUGUGAGUGAGAGGACAUCAAGUUGCUGUUGGUUGGUUGAGGCUAUGAGUGUUGCGGCAAUCCGGCACUUCUGUAGUGCACAAUGGGCACGCGUCGCACUAAUUGAGCAUUUUGCAGACUGAUCAGCAUGACAACGGACAAGUGAUAC